CCGAUGACGAAGGGAUCCGCUCCACUCCUCCUAUCUUCUCCAACUGUCUCAUCAGGACCACAGGGAGGAGAUGCGCGCAACUUGGCAGCUCUGUCGCACAGACCGCUCAGUUGACACUAAAGCGGAGAAAAGCGUCGGUUCCUGAAGUGUUUGGAGUUGCGCAUCCCUUAUGUCGCGAAAGCAGGCGGACCAUGAUUACAACCUCCGGAGUAUGAGCAACCUGAUGGGCGAGCGCUGGAGGAAAGCGAGCGACGGAGGGGAGCGGAGUCUCAUCAAGGCUCCGUCCAACGCCAGCGUCAGCAGCCUGCAGGUGGCCGCGUCCUCUGCGUCCUCCGCCUCCUCCGCGGGCGCCCCGGGACCCUCCUCCGCAUCCACCGGCGACCUGGAGAGGGCUGCGCGCAAGCAGUUCAUGCAGGAUGUCACGCCGGGCUUUGUCUACGUCCUGUCCGCCUUCUCCGCCCUGGGGGGGUUCUUGUUCGGCUACGACACCGGGGUGAUCUCCGGGGCCAUGCUGCUGCUCAAGAGGCAGAUGGAGCUGAGCGCCUUGUGGCAGGAGGUGCUCAUCUCAAGUACUGUGGCAGCGGCCGCCGUCGCCGCCCUCCUCGGCGCCUUCCUCAACGGGCUCUUCGGGCGCAGGGUGUGCAUCCUGCUGGCCAGCUUCUUCUUCACCGUCGGCGGCAUCGUGCUGAGCACCGCGCCCGGAAAAGAGGUGCUCCUGGCGGGGCGGCUCGUCGUUGGAGUGGGGCUCGGCAUCGCCUCGAUGACAGUGCCCGUGUACAUCGCCGAGGCCUCGCCGCCUCACCUGCGCGGUCAGCUGGUGACCGUCAACACCCUCUUCAUUACCGGCGGACAGUUCACCGCCAGCCUCGUGGACGGCGCCUUCAGCUACCUGCAGCAUGACGGAUGGAGGUACAUGCUGGGCCUGUCAGUGCUCCCCGCUGUGCUCCAGUUUGUGGGGUUCCUCUUCCUGCCCGAGAGCCCUCGCUGGCUGAUCCAGCGCGGGCUGACCCAGAAGGCCCGACGCGUCCUCAGCCAGAUACGAGGCAACCAGAACAUCGACGAGGAGUACGACGGCAUCAAGAACAGCAUCGAGGAGGAGGAGAAGGACGGCGGAGGAGAUGGCCCGGUGAUUUGGCGCAUGCUGACCUACCCCCCCACGCGGCGAGCACUCCUGGUGGGCUGCGGCCUCCAGAUGUUCCAGCAGCUCUCCGGAAUCAACACAGUCAUGUACUACAGCGCCACCAUCCUGCAGAUGUCGGGCGUGCGGGAUGACCGGCUCGCCAUCUGGCUGGCGGGACUCACCACCCUCACCAACUUCCUGUUCACUCUACUAGGGGUGUGGCUUGUGGAGAGAGUGGGCCGGCGGAGGCUCACCCUGGGCAGCAUCGUCGGCACCUGUCUCGGCUUGUGUUUGCUGGCGGUGGGCUUCCUGCUGUCAGCCCAGCACAGUCCUCCUGUCACCUUCCACCCGUUAGACCCCUCCAUGCCCAACUCGACCUGCCUCAAGUAUCAGCUGUGCGAGCCGUGCAUGCUGGACCCCGCCUGCGGCUUCUGCUACCGCGAGAACGGCUCGGCGCUGCUCACCUCCUCCUGCGUGCCGGUCAAUCGGGCCUCCGCGGAGCAGGCGGCGUGGGGCAGGUGUUCUAAUUCCAGCCAUAUGAGACGGCACACUUACUGGGCCUACAACUACUGCCCCACCUCCUUCUCAUGGCUCGUCUUACUGGGAUUGAUGUUCUACUUGGCUGCUUUCGCGCCUGGAAUGGGUCCUAUGCCGUGGACCAUCAAUUCUGAAAUCUACCCGUUGUGGGCGAGGAGCACGGGCAACGCGUGUGCAGCCGGCGUCAACUGGACUUUCAACGUCCUGGUCUCGCUCACCUUCCUCCACUUGGCCCAGUACUUCACCUAUUACGGGGCGUUCUUCCUCUACUCCGGCAUGGCCUUCCUAGGCUUCGUCUUCGUCUACGGCUGCCUGCCCGAGACAAAAGCUCGCCGCCUGGAGGAGAUCGAGACGCUCUUCGAGAACCAACUGUGCUCGUGCGGCGCGUCCGAUUCGGACGAGGGGCGCCAGGUGGAAUACAUCCGGGUCAAGGGGUCAAACUACCAUCUAUCGGACAACGACGCAUCCGACGUAGAUUAAACGCCCGGCGGUUAUGUUGGGGUGCUCUUGAUUUGUUUUAACUGUGAGCCGCGAGCCUCUGGUUGACCUUGUGAAUGUUUUGAAUCCACGC